CCGAGUGUUGCUACAAUCCCAUUGCUGGAGAUUUGAAAACAUGGCUCUGCAGUUCACCGACCAGCAGUUUCAGGAGGCAUGGAAGGAGCUGGAUGAGCCUCAGAUAGGAGGAGAAUGGGAAUUUUUCACAGAGACCAUGGGGGUUAAAAUAUAUCGACGUUUCAUCAAGGAAACUGGACUCUAUGAGUACAAAGUUUUUGGCUCGCUGUCCACCUGCACUCCAGACCUCUGUGCAGAUGUGUAUAUGGAUCUGGCUUACAGGAAGCAUUGGGAUGAUUAUGCCAAAGAGCUCUAUGAGAAAGACUAUGGCGGCCAGAAGGCUAUUUACUGGGAGGUGAAAUAUCCCUUCCCCCUAUCCAACAGGGACUAUGUGUAUGUGCGGGAGCGCAGGGAGCUGGAGGUGAAUGGGAGGAAAAUCUGGGUGGUUUUAGCUAAAAGCUCGGCUGUGUCUCAGUGUCCGGAAAAAGCAGGAGUGAUCAGAGUAAAGGACUACAAACAGAGUGUCGCCAUGGAGAGUGAUGGGGCCAACGGCACUAAAGUCUUCAUGAACUAUUUUGACAAUCCUGGUGGUAAGAUCCCAACGUGGCUUGUAAACUGGGCAGCUAAGACUGGAGUUCCUGCCUUUCUCACAGACAUGCAGAAAGCCUGCAACAACUAUGCAAACUACUGCAAGAACAAGAAGUGACGUGCACUUUAAUUAGCCAAAAACACUUCAUCACUCCUUCUUUCAGCUUUCCUCCAUUCUUAUUUUCCAGUCUUUGAGGAAUGUAUUGUCCAUAAAUGCUAAUAAUGAAUGGAAGCUUGCAUGAUAUCUUACACCUAGCAUGAUUAUGCGUUUCCAUUUAUUGUUAUCCACAUUAGCGUUUUUGGCCAAAUGAUUUUUUUAAAGGGGCAUUUAUGGGGACACAAACACUUUUAACUUCUGCGGUGCCAAGUGAAUGUUAUUGGUAUCCGGCUUAUGUGGGGACAUUCAUAGAUGCAGGUAAAUGGUGGGCUAUAAAGCAAAUUUCUUUUUAAAUCAUUUAAAGCAUUGUAAAGCUCUAGUAUCUGUGAAGCACUACAUGGUACAAAUAGGCAUGUAAAGACAAUUCACUUCUUCACAUCAGCUCCACUGUGGGAGUACCUUGAAGAACCUUGAAGUGAUUCUGGGUUCUUUUCUCUGUUUUGUGAUGGCUAACGUUUGCAAAGGGCUCAAGAAGUACCCUAGGAACUCCUCUUGAACAGUGGUUUAAAGGCAACUGUGGUUUAAUCUCUAAUGGUGCUCAUUUUGUGCAGGUUUCUCUUGUUGAAUACGCUAAGUAAAAGGAACUACCCCUAGGCUCUAUGCAGAUAUGCAGGUGCUGAUUUACAGGCUUUGUGGUGGAGUGGCUGAAAGCUUAUUUAGUGGGUUUUUUUUAGAGUGAAUGUUUAAAUGGGAAUUGCAUAGAUUCUUUUUUUUCUUUCAGACGUUUUGCGGUUAUUGACAUGUAAAUGAAGUCUUUCUGAGUAAUGAAACAUUCUUUGUAGAGAGAAAUGACCAACUCAGUUUUUAUUUAGGGUGAUGGUGAUGGGAACCAGGGAUGCACACAGGUGCUUGAGCGCCCAAAUGACCUUUCGAGGUGCACUAUUAAAUACUGAAAUCACUAGUGGGUGCUUGUUCUGCGUCUUUAUAUAUGAAGACUACAAAUUUAAUAAAACGCCACUUUUAUAUUUAAGUAUGUAGUAUAAAAGAGUGUAAAACGGUUUUGAUGGAUUUGUAGGUACACUACUGACCAAAUGUUUUAGAAUGGCCCUGUUUUUCCAGGUUUGUGGAUAUUUAUGCAAUUUAAUGCCUCAGUGUUCUCUGAAGUUAAAGCACAUAAUAAAUAAACAGUUGGAGAUAAGAUGAGUGUAGGAACUCAAUUUGUUGCAACAUUGCUUUUUGUAAGUAAUCAACAAGAAGUUGGGACACUUGUAGGAACUGUAUCAACUUUUCAAGCUUAAUUUACUUCUGUUGCUGUGGAACUGCUGUAUGUUUUUGACCUAUGACUUGUGUCCUGAGAAAGGCCCAUUUUAUAUAACUUUGUAUAAAUUUUAUAUGAAAUUAGUUUCACUAUUUUUAGUUUUUUUUUUUUUUUUAAUUCAAUUUUUAACCUCUGGUGAUUUUACUGCAUACUGUUGUACCCUUUUCAGUAUAUUCACUGGAUUUUAAACUGCUUUAAUGUCGAUGAAAACUGGAAAAAUUGAGAUUUACUAAAACUUUUGAACAGUAGUUUAUGCAUAUGAGACCGUGGAACUCAGAACCGCGAAAGCCUAAAUGUGAAUUGCGUUGCAGUUUCUGUGACAAACUAAGCCUUGUCCACUGAUUAGAAGAUACCUUGAAAGAGAGUACUCUUUGGCAUCCGCUGUAGUACCAGUUAGCUGUCGUUUUAGCUCAUCUAAAGAGUCAGCCUCUGUUACUGUUACUGUCCAUUUCCCUUAGCAUUUUUUGAAAAAAAAGCAUGUUUUCAUGAAGGCCUUGCUUAUUAGCUGAUAGCUGAGUCAGGUGUGUUCAACAAGGCAGCGAGCUGAAGUCUGCAGUGUUUUGGCCCACGAGGACUGGAGCCUGACACGUGCUGUGAAAUGAAGCCUCUAGCUCCAGCCCUGCAUCAGUUUUGGCCAAAGUAAUUGUUUUUAGUUCCCUGACGUUAAAUGGAUAUCAGUUCAUCAACUUUUUUUCAUUUGUUCUGUAACUAACAUUACUCAGAACCAGGGGUUGUGAUAUCUAUGACACAAAUAUAGACAUUAUAUUUACAAUCAAAAUGACCACUUAACCUACCGAUAUUCUAUAUGUAAUAGUAAAAUAGUGGUAAAUCAAAAUUGUAAGUUUUCUUUGGGUACUGUUUUGCUUUUACCUCUCUGCCAUAAUAAAUUUAGAAUAUGUAUGUUUUAGGCCAAACUCUCAUCUCAGAAUUGUUAAACAGUGUCUCGGACAUCAGGCAGUGUAUCUGUUACCAUUUCAUAUUUUAGAUUUGUGUGAGGCAUUAAAUGGCUCAAAUGUCUGGUUCUGCUUCCUGUCAUCACCAUUGUGAGUUAUUCUCGUCUCAGCAAGUUUCCCUAGAAUGGAGCAUUUUACAUCAAACCACUGUGAAUGAAUUAGUUCACAUAUAAAUGAUUUAAUUAUGAAAAAUCUGAAAAAUAUAUAUAUUUUUUUUUAAACUUUCCCUUCAAAGUUAGAAACUUGUGCAUGCGUUUAUGUGGGGGACAACUGUUAUUACUGUUAUUGAUUGAUUGAUUUGCUCUGCUUUGCACAAACUGUUUCUCUUUUUGCAUCAGAUUUUAACUUCUGCACUGGAUUGUAAUGGCUAACUGUUGACUGUUAAAGUCUGUGUGAUGCUGUUGAAAGGGUGCGACUGCAGUAGCUAAAUAUAAGCGAUGCUGCCCUCAGCUGGCUGCAUGUGAUAUUGCUUAACUCCUCAGUGUGUGAAUGGCAGAAGGGCUGAUACUUUAGCAUGUGACUCCUCUUGUAUGCAGAGGUUGUCUUUGCUGUCUCUGCUGUAUUUUUAACUGGCUGAUCAGUUUAUUUUUAUUCUGUAAUUAAGAGGGAACUAUUUCCAUUCAUUUUAUUGCUGUGGUCCAUUAUGAAUGUCUAGCUGUGUGCAAAUCACCCUCAAAUAUAAAUAUGGAAAAAUAGUAUGUUUCAUAUUAACGUUUGCACUGAAAAUUCUUUUUCCAGAAUGUGUGCACUUUAUUUUAGACCUAGAGGAUUGAGUGUGAAGAACAAAAAGCAUGAUAGAUUAUGCAGUGUUGAGAGUUUGAACUGAAUAAGGAAAACUAUAGCAGGCUAAUGUGAUCGUCAUAGCUGUGUUAACCUUUGUAUGCUGUACUUGAUCUUUGUUGAACAUUGCUGAGACUUGUUUUUUCCAGAGAACAAACCCUGUGUUAUGACUUGGAGUGACUCAGGACCCUUUUGAACAAUCCUAUUUGGAUUUGGACGUCUGUGAUAUAAUCAAUAUUGAUCCAUUUAGCCCCCUUUUGUUCCAGUAUAAAUGGUUCUGUUUAACACUCCAGUCCACUUUAACCAAUUUAAGUUUUUUCUAUCAAUACUGCGGUUCCAUUUCUUUCUGCUCCAUGACUACCUCUCAUUACGUCUGUAUGGCAACCAGCUGUGGUGUGUUUCUCUCUGUUUUUCAAAUUGCCCAGAGAUGCAUGGGCUGUUGUGCUGGCUAUAAUCAUGUUUUGUUUCCUUGUAAUAAAAUAUUAUAAAAUGCA